CUGUCCCCGCCCUGCCGUGCGCCCCCCCGCGGCCCGGCGGCAGCGCUGGGUGCCGGGCGCUGGGCGUUGGGUGCUGGGUGCCGGGUCCUGGGUGCUGGGUGCUGGGUGCGGAGCGGAGGUGCCCCGGCGGGGAUGCAGCAUGGCCGAGGUGCCCGCAGCCCCGCACCGCACCACCGGCUCCACGCUGCUGCACCCGCUGAGCGCGCUGCUGGGCAUCCCGCUGGACCAGAUCAAUUUUGUAGCCUGUCAACUGUUUGCCCUUUUGGCUGCCUUUUGGUUUCGUAUUUACUUGGGUCCCAGUCAUGCCAGCUCUGCUGUUCGCCAUGCAUUUGCCACCCUCUUUGGAAUAUACUUUGCUGUCUUCUGCUUUGGGUGGUAUUCCAUUCAUCUUUUUGUCCUGGUGAUGAUGAACUAUGGCAUUAUGAAUACGGCGAGUAUUCCCAACAUCCACAGGUACUCCUUUGUCGUAGCUAUGGGAUACCUCACGUUGUGCCACAUAAGCCGAAUAUACAUAUUCCACUAUGGUAUUCUCACUACAGAUUUUUCCGGAGGAUUAUGCUGUCCACUGAUGAUAAUUACACAGAAGAUCACAACACUUGCAUGCCAACUACAUGACGGAAUAGGGCGACAAGCUGAGGAACUCACUGCUGAGCAAAAUCGGCUUGCUGUAAAGACAAGACCAUCUUUACUGGAGUAUUUAAGCUAUCUUCUCAAUUUUAUGAGCAUCAUAGCUGGGCCUUGCAGCAAUUACAAGGAUUAUAUAGCCUUCAUUGAAGGGAGGCAUGUGCAUAUGAAACUAUUAGAAGUGAACUGGAAGCAGAAGGGUUAUGACAGACUUCCUGAUCCUUCUCCAACUGGAGCAGUGAUGUACAAACUGUGUAUCACACUAGUAUCUCUUGUUUUAUUCUUGACACUUACCAAGAACUUUCCUAUGGCAUAUAUUAUUGAUAAUGAAUUUCUUGAUAAAACACCCUUCUUAUCAAGACUUGGUUACCUGUACGUUGUUACACAGGCAGCAAAACCAAAGUAUUACUUUGCGUGGACGUUAGCAGAUGCAGUCAACAAUGCGGCUGGUUAUGGAUUCAGUGGAGUUGAUGAGAGAGGUGCUUUCCGCUGGGACCUGUUGUCCAAUUUGAAUAUCUGGAACAUUGAGACUGCAACAAGUUUUAAAAUGUACAUUGAAAACUGGAACAUUCAGACAGCUGCCUGGCUAAAACGUGUUUGCUAUGACAGAGCUCCUUGGUACCCUACAGCCUUAACAUUUAUCCUGUCGGCCCUGUGGCAUGGUAUCUAUCCUGGAUAUUAUUUUACAUUUCUCACUGGAAUCCUUAUCACACUCGCAGCCAGAGCAAUAAGAAGCAAUUGCAGACAUUACUUCCUCUCAUCGGUGCCUCUCAAGAUAGCCUAUGACGUUGCUACCUGGGUUGUCACUCAACUAGCAGUUUGCUAUACAGUUGCACCCUUUGUAAUGCUGGCUGUUGAGCCCACAGUUAAGUUUUACAAGUCCAUGUAUUUUCACAUGCACAUUCUAAGCAUCCUGGUGUUGCUCGUGUUACCAAUCAGACCUCAAGCCCGGUCCGUAAGAAAGCCUCAAAAUGAGGCCAUACAGAACUCUGUUAAAAGCAAAGACAAAUGAUAUCUCCAAAAUUGCCGAUGCUGGGAAACAGUCAUAUUGGAAACAAAGAAGAAAAAAGGGAGCAAUGGGAGUAGAAGUACAAGACAAGUGGCAUUUCUAUCGGUUAUCUUAAAAUCUUAUUGGAUAGGGCAGUUAAGAGCCUGAAAGACUGCAUUUCAAAUGACUACGGUUAACAGAGAUUUACAGGCUAUGUUUACAGGCUCAUGGGGCAUUUUGAUUUUUUUAAUAAAUAUUUUUAUGAAGUGUUUUUAUAUAUUUAAACUUUUUCACAUGGAGAGGCAUUUUUGCCCUUUUACAGAAAUAUACAAUUAUUAAUCAAAGAAUCUGGUGAUUAAAGGGACAGGAAGCAGCAAGCAAAGAGCUAGAUCAGCUGCCUGAUAGUCUGGUGCUGUGGGUGGCUGGCAGGAGGGUUUUUUGUAUCUUGGUUGAGGAGAGAGAUGGUAUGAGUAGAAAACCAUAGAAAAGAGGUUGCUCAACAUGCUGGUGCUGCCUUCUGCCUGCUUUGUGCACAGGGUUUUCCCCAGCAAACCCCAGAGCAGGGACUGCAGCCUGAGCUUGGCAGCAAAGGUAUUUCACAUUCCUCGGAGUUGCAUUUGCUGGUAUGAGGGCAAGACAAGUCCCUUGGGAAUAGGUGUCUGGAAACACUGUCAACUGCCUUGGCCAAAAGCUAAAGCCAAGUAAAAGCAAAACAAAAGGGGAGAAGAAAAAAAUAGUAAAAGAAGGGAUGUACACCCUGUGGUCUGUAGACCUGUGCUUCUGUAAUGAUACAGUGCUUAUUGCUGCAUCAGCCUUACUUUGCAGUUUUAGAGUGAUGCAGCACUUCCAUCCCAGUAUGAAAAUAACUGAGGAGCAAUGCAGGUUUAGAGUGUUAAAGGUCACGGUUAUGAGUUAAAUCUGAAAAAGGUUUGUAAUGCAUCAGACUUUUUGUUACUCCAAAGCAUCCUAUCUUGUGAAGGGAUAACUUUCCAGCAGGAUAACACUAAAAUGAAACCUGAACAGUAAUUAUGAUAGCCAUAAUAAAUAAUUCUGUACAAAAUAAAGAUUGUGAUGGGCUAUGAACACAAAAGUCACAACUGAGUCCUUGUGCAAUCUUGACUGGUGAUUUAGUCUUUCAAUGCAAGUUUUUCUGCUUGUAAAGUCCCUAGCUUACAGGGAUGUUGGGAGUUUUAAUUUCUAAGGACUUGUAGUAUUUUGAGAUAACUUGCUGCAAAGUACUGUGUUGUUAAAAAAAAAUAUAUUGUUUAUUUGUUUUAAUCCACUUACCCCAGGAAAAUAGACAGAUGGGACACAUCAACAAAACUAAAUAAUUAAAAACAAAAAACUCUCACCCUUCUCCAGGAAUGUUUUUCUCAGGAUUUUGUAGCAGCAAUUCUCUUGUUAAGGUACUGGUAUUUUUUGAUUCUGUAACUGAUGUGUGAUUGAGCAAAGAAUCUGCUGUUUACUGCACUCUGAUUUUCAUGUCAGAUAAAAUUUUGCAGAAUCCUAAUGUUUUGGGAGGAAAAAAAUCAGCAAAACCAAAACAAGUUUAAAAAAUGUUUGAUUUUAUUUUCUGUGGUGGGAAGACUUUGUCCUGUGACCACCUCAUGAUUUAGAGUAUUGCUCAUGGAAGAGUUUAUUUGGUAAUUUAUUUUGAAGGCAAGAUGGGAUUAAAAGAUUGUUCUGAAUAAACAAAC